AUGGACAGCGACGAAUCCGAUUUCUAUGAACUAGGCGAUGAGGAAACCACAUCAAAUCUCUUGCAGCGGGUGGCUGACUUCGACGUGGAUGAAUGGGCCCUGCAGCAGCGAGUGCAUCCGGGCCGGCCCCUACAACAGACAGAUUUCCUCGAGGAGGCUUCCCACCUACACAACCCUUAUUCCGGAAUCCCCUACGCCUGGCAACUCACAGAGACAAUAGACCAGUUUCUCUCACGGCUGCCACCAUCAACAACUGAUCAGACGCCCGAGGUACCAUGGAUAUAUAUAUGCAAUCCCUACAUCCCGAGAGUGCACAAGCUGGAGAGCCAGGGUCAAUUCUCCAAAGGAAAUGAGGACGAGGCGCCAGAGGAAGAGGGUAGUAAGACAGCAAUAGUCGCUCAAGGAGGCUUGGAGAGGCUUCAUCUAGUCAGUAAAUUUAUCGAAGGAAUGCAGAGGUCGGGCAAGGGAAAGUCCGUUGUCGAGAAAGAAAUUAGAAAAGAGCAGAAGCAGGCUGUCAACGACAUUCUGGACCUGGCCCAUCUCGCCAAGGUUCGAACAGGCAAGUGGCUGCUCUUCUGCCCUGCCUCGGAAGUAAAUGAAAUGUGGGAGAUUGUUGCAAAAGCUACUGCAAACAACGAGCUUGGUAUCGCUGCCAAGGUUUUGCCGCGAUCACCAUUGGAAGACCCUCGCAAAGAUCGUCUCUUGUGUAUUUACACGGCAGACUUCAGGGACAAGACCGACGUUGGGCGUGUGUUGCAAACGCUUCGGGAGCUAAGACUGGUCGAAGCUAGAGGUCGACCAAUCUAUUAUAAACCAGGCAAGUUCUCUGCUCUACGGUACCAGUUGUCAGACUGA